AUGUUAAAAAAAGCUUCAAAAAUUAUAGAUCGCGUCAUUGUAUACAGAGGUGGUGUUGGUGAUGUGCAAAUUGACACUGUUGCUAAAUAUAAAGUAAAACAAUUAUUAGGGACAUUUAAAUAUAUGGAACUGACUUAUUAACCAAGAUUAAUUGUAAUAGUAGUUCAAAAACGUAUUAAGACAUGGCUAUUUUCUAUAAAACUAGAGAAUCCUUAAUCAGGAACAACUGUAGAUUCAUAUAUAACGAAACCUGCUGUUUAUGAUUUUUUCUUAGUACCACAGAACAUUUGUGAAUGUACAGUAUCACCAACUCACUAUAUUGUUGUUUAUAACAAUAAAAAUAUGAAAGCUGAACAUAUACAAUGAUUAAUGUACAAGAUUAGUCAAUUGUACUACAAUUGGGCUAGUACUAUAAAAGUUUCUGCUCCUUGUCAAUAUGCACAUAUACUUGCCUCUCUUGUUGGGCAACAUUUACAAUUAGAACCACAUCAAUCACUUACUGAUAUGUUAUAUUAUUGGAUGUGUGCAAAAGUUUUGGUGGAUUUUGCUAUAAAUGAAUAG